UUCUACAUGUUUACUUGAAAAGGUGCUUUUCAUCCAAAAAGUUGUCUGUGGAGCAGAGUCGUUCGUUUAACCAUAUUUAGUUCGAGACUUUUCAUUAAUUUUCUCGUUUUUUAUAUAUUUUCGAAACAAACAAGAAUUACAUUGAAUUUUUGCUUUAACUGCUCAAACAAACGACGUGAAUACUUAAAGACCGAAGCAUCAAAGCCCGCGUAUACUCGAGACAGCCAACCGAAAGUGAAUUUUAUUCAUAGUUUCAUCGUAGAUCGAGCAACACAUGACAACGUAGCUUCGAUCGGGUAAUCGUGUAAAAUUGCACAGUUGCAUCGUGGAAUUUAUUGACCGAAUCAGUUAGCGUUUCACAAGCCAAGUACUACUUAUCGGAUGUGGAAAUUGGUUGGAUCUAUUCUUUGGCCUGAUUUUUGGUGAACAGAAGAGAGAAAGGAAAACAUAUCGAACACUUGAAUCAGUGCAUUCUAUAGCAAAGUCGCAAAACUGUUAACUGGAUAGUGCCAAGUGAUCGAUCGGUGAUCAAAGUUAAGUUAAUGUGAUAGCGUCAUAGGCAUCGACCGACAGAGUCAAACGUGCACAUUUUUUUUUCGUUCGCAUAAAGUAUUGGGUAAUUCGAGUUUGUGUGCAUUUUAUUUAUUUGCUAAGUGUUUCGAAAUUGGGUAACAUAUUAUCGCCAGCCAAAUCGGCAUUUAAAAACACAGACACACACACACAAGCAUACAUUCAUAGUUCGAAAGAGUGAAAUCACUUCUGAGAAAACAGUGCAUUCAAGAAUUGACGAAUCGAGUUUUGUCUGUGUGGUAUGAUCAACGCCAUGGAAUUUGUCAUGAAUUGGAUUGUUUUCAGUGCGGUUGCCAUUGCAGUCGGCUCAUCGAUAGAGACACCCAAAUAUAUUUUACCAUGCGAACGUAACGAUCCACAAAUAAAUAACUGUAUAAAACGGUCAUUUAAUCAUUUGAGGCCAUUUUUGGGUAAAGGACUGUCUGAGAUAAAUGUGCCGCCACUAGAGCCAUUGCUUAUCGAUCAAAUGAAUAUGGACAAUGAUGCCGGUGCCGUACGGAUAAAAGCCAGAUUUGCCGAAAUAUUAGCCAAAGGUGCUAGCAAUUAUACCAUCAAAGAAGUUCGCAGCGAUGUUAAGAAACUUCGAUUCGAUAUGCGUUUGACCAUUCCACGUGUCGAAGCAAGAGGCAAAUAUGACAUUGUUGGCAAUGUACUUUUGUUGCCAGUUCGAUCGAAUGGUGAAUUUUGGACUGAAUUUAGUGAUAUUACUGCUGUCAUCAAAGUAUAUGGCAAGGAAACAACACGUAACAACGAAGCUUACAUGCACAUCGAAAAGCUUGGAUUAGAUUUCACGAUGAAGAAUGCCCGAUUCAAGGUUAAAGACAACGUGAAUAGUCAGAAUGUUCUCGGUGAGGCCAUCAAUCAAUUUUUAAAUACAAACGCCAACGACUUGGUGCAAGAAAUGAGACCAGCUGCAUCUCAAAGUAUUGGGCGAUUAUUCAAGAAAAUCUUGAAUUCAGCAUUCGGCAGCAUACCGAUGCGACAAUGGUUACUUUCGUAAGCAAAAAUGAAGAAACAAACAAUGUGACUCAAGCGCCAAGUUAUAAUGUCAUCUGUUAUUCAUCUCCAUGUCACGUGUGCACCACUAAAUUAGAUGUUGAUUGUGGGUUUGAAUUAAAUUGAACCCUGGAAAUAGACGUUAUAUUUUAUUAGUUUUGCAUAACUCUAAUACCAAUAAAAUUGGCCACCUUCCCAGAAACCACCUCUAUUAUCAUCUGCAAUGCAAAUACUCUCAUUUCAUACUAUUUCAUGCGUUCAAACUAUGAUGCGACAUAGUUUUAUUUUUGUAUUAAUUUUGAAGUAACAAUUUAUAAAAAAAGCAAAUUUUCUAGAUGUAACUUAUUAAAUUUUAGUCUUAACAGAUGAAAAUAGUUUAAAU